GGCAAGGUAGUAUGACAACGACAAUGCAAGUGGCGCAGGUGAACCAACUAUACCGAAUGUAACCGUUGACAAGUGCUAAACCAUUUAAUGAUCUUCUGUGAUUUUACGAUUUUACUUACUUAAUGUGCUUUCGCCAAUUUGAUGAGAAAUUUUUAUUUUUAGAAGAAACAUGGGACUGGAUUUUAUUGAAGCUCAAGGUGAAGAUUUUGAAAGGGCCUUAGACCAAACUGGAUUUGGAAAAUUUCAUUUUUCAUUAUUGACGAUUUGCGGACUAAUUUAUCUUAACACUGCCGUGGGUAUAACUAUUAUAUCCUUUGUAUUACCAUCGGCGACAUGCGAUUUUCAAAUGUCAUCUUCCGACAAGGGGUGGCUUACUGCUGCUCCUAUGCUUGGAAUGGUUAUUGGCUCAUAUUUUUGGGGAUGUCUAGCUGACACGAAAGGUAGAAAAAUUGUUCUGAUUGGAGCUCUUUUGAUGGACGGUGCAUGCGGACUUUUGUCAAGUGUCUCACAAGUAUUUUGGCUAUUUAUGUUGAUGAGAUUUUUUAAUGGUUUUGCUAUAACUGGUGCUAUGGGAAUAUGUUUUCCGUAUUUAGGGGAAUUUCAACCAAACAAAUAUAGGGAGACAAUAUUAUGUUGGAUGGAAUUAUUUUGGACACUUGGAGUAAUAGCACUGCCAGGAAUAGCUUGGAUAAUAAUUCCUUUGGAAUUUGAAUACAUAACAGAUAGUUUUAAAUUUAGGAGUUGGAAUCUAUUUGUUGCAACAUGUUCUAUUCCAAGUAUUUUAAUAGGAUUUUGGCUUCUUAUGUUUCCUGAAAGUCCAAAAUUCCUUCUAGAAUGUGGAGAAGCAGAUGAAGCUCUCGACGUGUUAAGAGAUAUGUACGCAAGUAAUACUGGCGACGAUGGAGUCAAUUUUCCUGUUCUAAGUUUACGAGAAAAAAUGCGAACUAUGAGUGUCAUUUCUCAACAGUCCACUAGAAGUAUUCGCAGCCUAAGAAUUAGAAAGCCUAAGGAGCUAAAAUUAUUAUUGAGAGAAAUUUGGGAACAGACCAAGGCGUUAUGUAAGCCGCCACAUUUUAGAUAUACUCUAAUUACCUGUUUAAUUCAAUUUGGACUAACUACAAGUUACUACACUCUAAUGAUUUGGUUCCCGGAGCUUUUCUACCGUUUCGAAGAAUUCGAAAGCUUGCAUCCCAAUGAAGCAGCCUCGGUAUGUGAGGUAUCUUCUGUGGUCGUGAAAACAACAAACGCCACUCUUGACCAAAACGAAUUUUGUGGAGAGCCCUUGGCCGACUCAGUAUUCCUGCACACUUUAAUUAUUGGACUGGCAUGUAUCCCUACCAGUUUCUGGCUGCCAUUAUGCGUACACAGACUGGGUGCAAAGUUUUUCUUAGUAUUUAGUUUAAUUGUCGCUGGAGGUGUGACAGUGGGUCUCUAUUUCGUCACAUCUGCAAUGGCUAAUUUGGUGCUGUCAUGUAUAUUUGAAGCAUUAACAAGUUUAGGAAUUAGUACUGUGUACUGCGUAAUGGUUGACUUGUUUCCAACAAAUUUGAGGGUAAUGGCAGCAGCAUUAUCACUUACUUUUGGCAGAGGGGGAGCACUGCUCGGUAAUCUACUCUUUGGCUUUCUCAUAGAUCUAAAUUGUGUUAUACCUAUUGCAGUUUUCGCCGCAAUGCUCUUAGUUAGUGGACUUUUGUGUUUGAUGUUGCCCAGCACAGGAAAAGGAUCAUUGGACUAACAAGCUGUAAAAUAUUUAUGUUUUGUAUAAUAAUAAUGCAGAUUAGUGCAAUAAGAUACUGCAGUGAUAUAAAAUUUACGCACAUUUACCUAUUCAUACAAUAGUGUAAUAGUGUUUAAUGUACAUUAAAAGAUAAAUGUCGCUACUCGCCAUAUACAGUCGAACCCGGUUAUUAGAAUACCUGUUAUAAGAAUAUCCCGGUUUAAGGAAUAUAAAUUUGAGGUCCCGAAACGUUUCCAUUAGCCAUGAUCGGUUAUUAUAAUAUCCUGGUUAUAGAAAUACUUUUGCUUGGCACGAAGGCUAUUCCAAUAAGCGGGUUCGACUGUAUUAAAUAUCAUAUUAAACAUAGGUCGCAUUCAGGAGACGAAAAAGUGAGGGAGCAGUUCCCGAUGAAGCGGUAACAGUUGUGUUUCGUCUUAUGAACGCUCCGCUCCCUAAAUUCGUGACAGCCUAUCAAUUUCUGUUAUAUGUGAGGUUAUAUACCUACUUGCCUCUGCACAAUAUUUUUUUUUAACUUCAUAAUCAUGGUCAGACCAUGGAUUGUUUACCGUCUGCACUAUUUUCCAAUUGAUAAAUUAGUACUUGACGCCAUCUUUCAACUAGUGUAUUGACAAAUUCAAAAAAGUAGCACACGUUGGACGGAGGUAGCGAAAUUAAAAUUAGCCAACAGUUUCGGAACCGCUCCCGAAUGCGACAAUAGUUUUAACAGUUAUGUAUCAUCCAAAAUUAUGCUUAUUUUCGUAGUAGAUUUUUGAAGAUAUUCUUCUUUAGCGACGAAUCGAUCGAGGGUAAAAUUUGAUUUACCACGCGCAUGCGCACACCGACACUAUGGUAUUAGUGGUUAUACGGGCUCUGAUUGGGUGUUGAAAUUUUGAAAUGAUCUGUCAAUAAUUGUUCAAUAUGGAGAUUAUCGGUAAACAAAAAUAUUGUAUAAUAUUAGUUUUUAUUGAUGUGUGGACAGAAAUAAAAUCAAAUUUAAAAUUAUAGUGACUUUAAUAGUUUUGAAAAGCCGCAGGUACGUAAUUCUAAAUGUUUGAGUUGGAAAUACCUAAUAGUUUCAAUACCUAUCUAUUAGGAAAAUGUAAACAAAAUAAUGUAGUUACCUAUUAGUAGGCAAUGCUUUAAUUUACAUAAUCUGAUUACGAACAAACUUUCUACAAAUCUUCAUCUCAUAUAUUGUUUUCUUACAGUAUAUUUUGUUGUAUUUUAUUUCGACAAAAAUCAAACUAAUAAUUUUAUUAAAUUCAUAUAAAUUUAUGGUGUAAACGUUUAGUUUGUGUAUAUUCACACAUGACGUACACGCGGAUGUGGUCUAGUUUGAAAUGCCGUCAGCUUUCGUACAGCGCAGUAGACGUGAAGUGAGUUCGAGCCCCAAGCAAGUUAUUAUUUUUUUAUUGUUUUUUAUAGAUUUUAUGAUUGUAAGUAUAUUAUUAUAUAAUUUUUGAAGAUAUUCUUCUUUUUUGAAAGUGGUAGAUAAGAAAGUUAGUUUGAUUUUUAAAUAAAAUAAGUACAAAUAACCUUUUAAGUAUAUUUACUUCGUUUAAAUUACCUAUAAUAGAAAAAUAUCUUCUUUUGUGCGUACAAAGUACACACGCAUUCUUUUUUCAUGAACAGAUUAACGGAUUCCGCUAAUUUUUUGUUUAUUAUUUUAGAUUUUUAUUUGGUAGGUAUUUAGUUGGAUAUACAGUUGGGCAGGUUUACUCAGACUUCAUUUUUGUAUUUAUACCGGGUGCAAGAAAGUAAAUGCUUUUCCUUUAUUACGUUUGAGACACUCUGUAGGGAGCACAAGGUAUAAGUGUAAGUAGUCUUGUUUUGUAAACAUUUUGUUUUUUGAACGUCCCUGAUAUCUUUAGAAAAAGAAUAGACAGUUUUAUUCUUUAACAUAUGUUUUAACUGAAAGAAAAGUUUGAGACACCCCAGGCGCGGAUCCAAGGGGGGGUCAAUUGUCCCCUCCUUGAGACUUCGCCUGGUGUCGCCUUUUUUUUUUAAAGAGAUAAUUAGGAUUGAAAAUAAAUAGUGAGUUUUGUGUCCUGUUGACAACUGAAUUACGGAAUGAAACAUAAAACAGAAUUCCUUCUCCAAAGUAUGUGUUCUCGGUCUUAUCUACUGUAUGGUGUCGAGUCUUGGGCUGUGAAUAAAAUCGAUCUACUUACCUAAAUCGCCUUGAGGCUUUCGAAAUGUGGUUCUAUAGAAGAAUUUUAAAAGUAUCUUGGGUGAAGAAGAUUCGAAACUUCACAAUACUAGAACGUAUCAGCAAGACUACUGAGAUUAUAGAGGGCAUCAAGAAGAGAAAAGUGGAGUAUUUUGGACAUGUAAUGAGAAGUUUCAAAUAUAGGUUGCUACAAAAUAUUAUGCAAGUGAAAAUAGAAGGCAAACGCAGUCCAGGACGAAAAAGCACUUCGUGGUUGAUUUAGGGUGGCACUGAAUAAAAUUAAGAUAGCUAUGAUAGUAACCAACGUUCUGAAAGGACAUGGUACAUGAAGAAAAAUAAAGUAACAGCCCAUACCGAAAAAGAAUCCUGCAACGCGAGUGACGAGAAAAUUUUUAUUUCAUUGCCCCCUCCUUGCAAGGUUGCUGGAUCCGCCGUUGAGACACCCUGUAGGGAGGAAUAGGUACAGAGGUGGGUAUACUAAAUUAAGUUGUAGUCUUAUAUUUUGUCAACAUUUUAUUUUUUUAGUUGCUCUGAUAUCUUUCACAAUAAAAAAAACAAGACGGUUUUAUUCUUUAAUAUGUGUUUUAACUGACAACAUGCGAUACAUGAGGAGGCCAUGUUUUGUCAUACACUAAGUCAUACUUUACGACUUCGGUCGUCACGACAAACGGUCGUAACGACAGUUAGUCGUACAUUCCAUUAGUCCAAUACAGCAAUGUACGGAGCCUUUCACACAGGACGACCACGACUAACUGUCGUGCCGUUGCUCCUCGCCUGUCGUCCAAUGUCACUGCAAUGGACGACGGUCGUGUCGUGCCGUGUUAUCAGUGAACCAUGAACCAUGGGCAUAAAUUAGUGCUUCCAUACUUAACGAAAGUUAGUCGUGUAGUACCAGUGAGUACAGUGGCACGUACAUAAUGGCAGACAAUAUGGAUGGGGAAUUUUAAUUGCACUUAUACACAAUAGGCCAGUGUUGUGGGACAAAACUUUGGAUGUGUAUAAAGACAGAAAUGCGACAAGGAAUGCAUGGCGUGAAGUUUUAGUGGAGGUUAACACUGAUUUUGAAAACUUAGAGGACGAGGAGAAAAGUUUGGUAAGUUGUACUUACUUUAUUUUACAUUUUAAGUAUACUCGUAGAUUACAAAUCUGAAUUUUUAAGCCCAUUAAUUUUCAACGGUAUGUAAACGCAACAUUUUUAAUUGUAUUAUUUUUAAUGUAUCACUACUUGAAUAACAUUUUUAUUGCUACAUUUUAUUUAAAACAGCAUGUAAUGUAAUACACAUAAAGAUAAAGAAGAAGAAGAAUUAUUUUGAUAACGAUUUCCGAAGUGGAAAUCUAAACGUCAAAUAAACGUAAUCAUAAAAUAAAAUUGUGGCUUAUUCCCAACUAAAAUAGUAAAUUGCAUAAGAGACCACAAGAAAAUAAAUAGCUUCAGAACAAUUAUUACUUUUUAUGUUAUUUAAUUACAAAAGAUUAUAAUUAGGAUUUUUAGUAAAAAUGCUUAUUUUAAAGGUAUGUUGCUUAUCUUUGGUUAUUUUACUUAUUAUGAUAAACUAUAGUGAAAUUUCAUGUUACUUCCUGUCUUAAGCAAAAUUCUAUGAAGUAUACAGAGCUAUAAUAAAACUCUCAUAAUUCAAUAAAUCAUAAGAAUUUUAAUCCCUUAGGCUUACGAGAUAAGCGGGAAAAUCCAUUGUUAUAUUGUUCAAGCAAUCUAUAUAGUGUAAUGGGUAAGAUUAUUGUAGCUUUGGGUUGUUCUUCUUUAAUAUUAGGCCGGCAGCUGGUGUUUUCUGGUAAUUAAAUAUGUAGUUAAAAAUAUUUAUUUAUACUUAGGUAAAUACCGUUAAAACAGGACAUAAUAUUGUGUUAAAAUUAAUUUUAUCAAUUUUUUAAUAACAUUUACCCUCACAGGGACCUCCCUCUUACCGCAUGCUUGCAUUAAUAACUGAUGUAGAAUAGCUUUUAUAAUUAAUCUUGUUAUUGUUAGAAUUACUGAUACUAAAAGAACUUUUUAAAAACACAGUUAGAUCUAAAAUUACUUUAGGUAUACAGUUCACAACUUUUAAAAUUCAGCACAAAAUGCAAGCAUGUCCCCGCUCUUUUUUUAUUAAAAAUACAAAAUCUAAAAAUAUUUUUUUAACCGAGUCUUUUCAUUAGUACACAUAUGCUUGGAAAAUGAACUGCACAACACAACAAUUAAAAUACUGAUACACUUAACUCAUUUUCUCCUUCUUCCGUAUUUUAUUCGUCACUAUCAUCGCCCAAUUCAAUAAUAAAUUUAUUUCCACCAUUAAUGUGGAAGUGCCCAAUCUUCUUAUAAUAUUCUUCCACUUUGAUCACUUUGGCGAUUCUUUUCUGCCAGUCUACUUUGGUAAUAUUGGUUACUUCUUCUUUAAUUAUCUCAAUUACCUUUUUGUCAAAUUUAGGAAAUGUAUUUGAACGCCUUAUACUUGGUUUUAAUUGUCCCCAAAUUAACUCAAUAGGAUUGAAAACACAAAAGUAGGGGGGAAGUCUCAAUAUAGUGUGUCCAUGCUUUUCGGCAAUACUCUCUAGUGUCUCUAGAGCGUAUAAUUUUCUAAAUUGCUUCGUGUGUAGAACUUCAAUAAAUUGUUUUUUUUUGUGUAAAAAUCUUCGAAAUACAAAUAAUUUUCCAUUAAAAAAUUGUGCAGGUCAGCUUUGAAGAUGUAUUUGGUAUUUUAGUGAGCUGUCGAGAAUGAUAG